AAAGUCAGAGGACGACCUAUGUGAGGGUUUUGAGAAAACAUUCCCAGUGCUGCAUGACCCAGCUACUGCUUUGGACUCAGGUUCGGAUCCCACCUAGGGAGCUAAGGAGUUAAAACAUGAACGUCCCUAAUCAUCUAUACUAGGAGUCUGAGAUUUCGGGAAUUGCUUAAGGAUGGCGGCCCUUGGCUUCACUUCCUAUUUCACAACGGAAAUCCCACACUGCGGUGGGACGACAGAUCCUUCCGCGCUGGAUCUAAAUGGAUUGCCUCGGAGCUGGUGGAGACCAGGAACCACACCUCCUCCGGGAGACCCCGCGCAGACCGGAAGUGGGCGGGUCCGAGCCCUCAAAAAAACAUUCGUGAUUGGCUGGAGGCACUUUAGCUCCCCGCUCUUCUGCGGGGACAACGCCCUCAGGCUAGGCAUGAAGGCGGCUACAUCGGUGGUGAUGGCUGCUGCUCCUGCGAUGGAGCCAGGCCCCUCUGUGUCCCCGGGGCCUUCGCGCUCCUUCAAAGAGGAGCUGCUGUGUGCCGUGUGCUACGACCCGUUCCGCGACGCAGUGACUCUGCGCUGUGGCCACAACUUCUGCCGCCGGUGCGUGAGCGGCUGCUGGGAGGUGCAGACGACGCCCUCGUGCCCGGUGUGCAAGGAACGAGCGGUGCCCGGGGAGCUGCGCACCAACCACACGCUCAACAACCUGGUGGAGACCUUGCUGCGCGAGGAGGCCGAGGGCGCGCGCUGGACCGGUCGCCGGUCCCCGCGCCCCUGCCGCGCGCACCGUGCCCCGCUCACGCUCUUCUGCGUGGAGGACAAGGAGCUGUUGUGCUGUGCCUGCCAAGCCGACGCCCGGCACCAGGAGCAUCGUGUGCAACCCAUCAAGGACACUGCGCAGGACUUCCGGGCCAAGUGUAAGAACAUGGAGCACGUACUUCGGGAGAAAGCCAAGUCCUUCUGGGCUCUGAGGCGCACCUAUGAGGCUAUUGCCAAGCACAAUGAGGUGCAGACCACUUGGCUAGAAGGCCGAAUCCGGGAUGAGUUUGACAAGCUCCGAGAUUUCCUGAGGGUGGAGGAACAAGCCACCGUGGAUGCCAUGAAGGAAGAGAGCAGGAAGAAGCACCUGCUGGCUGAGGAGAAGAUGAAGCAGCUGGCGGAGCAGACCGAGGCACUGGCUCGUGAGAUUGAGCGUCUGCAGAUGGAGAUGAAGGAAGACGACAUGACCUUCCUCAUGAAACACAAGAGCCGAAAACGCCGGCUCUUCUGCACCGUGGAGCCAGCACCUCUCCAGCCUGGCUUGCUUAUGGACGCAUGCAAGUAUCUGGAGUCCUUGCAGUACCGAGUCUGGAAGAAGAUGCUUGGGUCUGUUGAAUCGGUGCCCUUCAGCUUGGAUCCCAACACAGCUGCUGGCUGGCUCAAAGUGGCUGAUGACCUCACGAGUGUCAUCAACCAUGGCUACCGUGUGCAGGUGGAGAAUCCAGAGCGCUUCUCCUCGGCACCCUGCCUGCUGGGCUCUCAAAUUUUCUCCAAGGGCUCCCACUCUUGGGAGGUGGAUGUGGGUGGCCUGCCGAGCUGGCGAGUGGGCGUGGUUCGGGUGCAGGCACAUGCACAGGCACAGGCUCAGGCUGAUGUCGGUGGUGAGGGCCACUCACACAGCUGUUACCAUGAUACACGCUCAGGCUUCUGGUACCUGUGCCGCACGCAGGGUGUGGACGGAGACCACUGCAUGACUUCCGACACAGCCACAGCCCCUCUGGUCCAGGCCAUGCCGCGCCGUCUGCGUGUGGAGCUGGAGUGUGAGGAGGGUGAGCUGUCCUUCUAUGACUCUGAGCGCCACUGCCAUCUGUAUACCUUCCAUGCCCACUUUGGGGAGGUGAGGCCCUACUUCUACCUAGGGGCCUCUCGGGGUGAUGGUCCCCCAGAACCUCUGCGCAUCUGCCACCUGCGUGUCUCCAUCAAAGAAGAGCUGGACAUCUGAGCUGCAGGAGUUGGUAGCCCACCACUGACACUCGUGCAGCGUCACGCCUUUUCUUAGUUCCAAGUCCGCCUAUGCCUCUGUCUUUAUUUUUAAGUCCUUUUUCUGCCCAAAGUUAAGAGCCCCCCAGGAGGUGCUUGGCUGAGCUUAGGCUACCUUCAGGAUGUGGGCUUCAUUUCCUCUGUCCUUGCAUUGCUGGUAUACUGUUUUCUUGAAGGAAGGCAUUAUAAUGCAGGUGUGACUAU